AUGGCUUCGAUCGGGCUUCCUGUUCCGCCUGGCUUCACCCUGACAACGGAGGUUUGCACAUACUACUACCAGAACGACUGUCAAUAUCCUGCUGACCUCAAGGAGCAGGUGAAGAAGGCCCUGGCUCUCAUCGAAACAAGGACUGGGCGCAAGUUCGGGGACGCCGCAAAUCCCUUGCUGGUCUCCGUGCGCUCCGGCGCUCGUGCCUCCAUGCCUGGCAUGAUGGACACCGUGCUGAAUCUUGGUCUGAACGACACGACAGCAGAGGCACUUGCCAAGCAGUCCGGAGACCGGCGUUUUGCCUUCGACAGCUAUCGCCGCUUCGUGCAGAUGUACUCAGACGUGGUGCUGGGCAUUGAGCUUCACAACUUCGAGAAGCUCCUGGAACGGUCCAAGAAGAAGCGAGGA